UAUUAGUGGCUGUAUGUUCGUCUGUAGUGGAGAUUGAUGGAAAAGAACAAGUGAGACAUCUUUGGGAAAGAAAAGUUUGCAUUUUGUUUGUGUGGAAAAAUCCAGAGAGGUUCACGCAGGAGGGGCAGGUUUCAACUUGUCUUCACCUUUAGGGGGCUGACGGACACAGAAACAGUUGCAGCGGUUCCCUUCUUACCUUUCCUCCCUACUUGUAUUAUUCAUAUCAGCCUUUGCAUAACACCUUUGGCUGUAGAGACGCCCUUCUCGGCAGACCAGUUUUAGGGCUGAGUUUGAGCAGCUAUUGUUGUUAAAGCUCUCACCAUUGAUAGACCUAAACAAGAAACUACCAGAUCUUGUGUAACCUAAAUACUGUCAGGACUUCACUUUUCACACCGUGAGGUUUCAGUGUCUCAGCCAUGUUCUCUUCUGUUGUCCCGUUCAAAAAUCAACAUUAUGCUGAGCUGAAGAAGGACUGCAUCCAUAACAAGAAGCUGUUUGAAGAUCCAGAGUUCCCUGCAAGCAAUUCAUCUUUGUUUUAUAGACAACCACCUCCUGGUGUCGUGGAGUGGAAGCGACCAGGGGACAUAAGCUCAGACCCUCAUCUGUUUGUGGAAGGUAUCAGUUCCCAUGAUUUGAAUCAAGGAGAAGUAGGCAACUGCUGGUUUGUUGCUGCGAGCUCAUGCCUUGCUCUGAAACCACACCUCUGGAAAAAGGUGAUUCCCGAUUGGGAGGAGCAGGACUGGGAUCCCAAACAUCCAGAAAACUAUGCUGGGAUUUUCCACUUUCAGUUCUGGGUCUUUGGUCAGUGGACAGAUGUGGUAGUGGACGACCGGCUGCCUACUAUUAACGGACGCCUGAUUUACUGUCAAUCAAACAGCAAAAAUGAAUUCUGGAGUGCUCUGUUGGAGAAGGCUUAUGCCAAACUCUAUGGCUGCUAUGAGUCCUUAAAAGGAGGAAACACUGGAGAUGCUGUGGUGGAUUUCAGUGGUGCUGUAUGUGAACCCAUCAACUUAGAGGAAGAGGCUUUCUACAAAGAUCAAGAAAAGCAAAACCAUCUAUUUGAAAACCUGCUCAAAGUUUAUGAACGCGGAGGAAUCAUCAGCUGUUCCAUCAAGGCAGAGGAGCAUGAAAUUGAGUUCAAGAAGGCAAACGGUCUAGUGAAGGGCCAUGCAUACUCUGUGACGGCGGUCAAGAAUGUACGUUUAGGGCAUGGGCUAAUAGCGUUCUUCAAAAAUGAAACUAUUCCUAUGAUUCGAAUGAGAAACCCCUGGGGACAAAAGGAGUGGAAUGGACCCUGGAGUGACAGCUCCGAGGAAUGGGCCAAGAUUGGUGAUAUGGAGAGGAAAAACCUUGGCCUCACAGUAGAGGAUGACGGAGAGUUCUGGAUGUCUUUUGAAGACUGGUGCAAACAAUUCACUGAUGCAGAUGUUUGCCGCAUUAUCAACACUUCAGUCAUCAGUGUCCAUAAGACAUGGAAUGAGGUUUUGCAUUUUGGGAGCUGGACCAAGCAUGGCGAUCCGCUCUUAAACCGCUGUGGUGGUUGCGGUAAUAACAAGACAUUUCUGCAGAACCCACAGUAUAUGUUUGAUGUGACAAAGGAAACUGAUGAAGUGCUAAUCACCUUGCAACAAAAAGACCGGAGGAUCCUUAGAAAAACUGGUCAAGGAGAAAAUUUAUCCAUUGGCUUCAGUAUUUUAAAGGUGGAAUUGAACAGGAAGUAUAGAAUUCAUCGACUUCUGAGUCAGAAAUUGAUGGAAACCUCGAUUUUUAUCAAUUCUCGGUCAGUUUUCUUGAGAUGCAACCUGCCUCAGGGCCGAUACGUCAUCAUCCCCACCACCUUUCAAGCCGGUGAACCGGGAGAGUUCAUGCUGCGAAUCUUCACUGAUGUAGACUCAGGCUGCCGUGAACUGACCGAGGACAAACCCAAAGUGAAAUGCUGGACUCCAUUGUUUGGCUACCCUCAAGUUGUGACUCACGUCUCUGUCAGAAAUGCUGAGGGACUAGAAAACCAGGACCAGACCGGAGGUGCUGACCCUUAUGUGAUCAUUUACUGUGAGGGUAAAUCUGUGAAGUCCACUAUCCACAAAGACACUCUAAAUCCAGAGUUUGACACAAGCGGAGUUUUCUAUAGGAAGAAACCCACCAAGCCCAUAACUGUGGAGGUGUGGAACAGCAACGCAGUGAAGGAUGAAUUCAUGGGUCAGGUGGUGCUGUCUGGAUCGCCAAAGGACACUCAGAAUUACCAGAAGCUCCAGCUCAGGAAGAGAGGCAGUAACAUGGCAGACGAAAUGCCCGGCAGCAUCAUUCUUUGUGUAGUUACUGAAAGUGAACUGACAGCCAUAUAGAAUGAAACUUAUACGGCAUGGGCUGUAUCUAGUCGGAGCAAACCUUUAGUAAAAAUGUAGAAAUGUCAGACAUAUUGUGAAAAUUAUUUUUUACUUUUACAAUUAUUUUCUUUGAGCAACUGUCUUUGUUUACCUAGGGUUUUUGCCAACCAAUUUUCUUCAUUUAAUAUUUCAGUAUUUACAUGAUAAACUGCGAAUAUCCUCCACCAGUGUAAAAAAUCUGUUUAUGAUUUUUAACAAACUAAGAUGACUUUUCAAUAAAAAUUUUCUAAGAA